UCGAAUAUGUUUUAACAUUUCCAGAGGAAGAACUCAAUGGACAACCUAAACCAGACUCAGGUGACAAUGUUUGUGCUUUCCGGAAUAACGGAUAACGACUCACUUGUCCCAUUCCUCUUUAUUUUCUUCUCUGCGGUUUACAUUUUGACCAUCAUUGGAAAUGUGGGCAUGAUGGCCAUGGUCCACUUAGCCUCUAACCUCCAAACUCCGAUGUACUACUUCUUGAGUUACCUCUCUUUGGUGGAUCUUGUGUAUUCCUCUACUACCACUCCAAAAAUGCUGGCUGACCUAGUUUCUCAGAGCAAGACCAUAUCGUUUAAUGGUUGUGCUGCCCAGUUUUUCUUUUUUGCCGCAAUGGCAGGUACUGAGGUUCUCCUUCUCUCGAGCAUGUCAUAUGAUCGAUACGCUGCUAUCUGUCACCCUCUUCGAUACAUUUCAAUAAUGACCAUGAAGAAAUGUUGGUCCCUGGUGGUCUUCUCCUUUGGUUGCGGCUUCUUACAGGCAGCAUUGCAGACCAGUUGUGUGUUCAGUCUUCAGUUCUGUGGACCAAACCAUGUAGACCAAUUCUACUGUGACAUCCCACCUCUAAUGAAACUGUCCUGCUCAAAGGGAUUUUCUUGCGAUGUUGUCAACUUAGCGGUGAUAAGUUCUUUUGGUUUGUAUUCAUUGGCAGCCAUCUUGGUGUCAUAUACUUUGAUCAUUUCCUCCAUUCUACGUAUAAAAACCUCUGGAAACCGUCAAAAGGCAUUCAUCACAUGCUCGUCCCAUAUCACAUGUGCCUCCAUCUUUUUCAUAGCAAUUUUCUUCACAUAUUUCCGCCCUCCAUCCAGUGUUCUUAGGAAACAAGACAAGGCAGCCUCUAUCUUCUAUUCCAUGGUGACCCCAAUGCUAAAUCCUCUUAUUUACAGCUUGAGGAAUCAAGACGUGAAAACUGUUAUUAUAAAAGCAGCGAAAAGUUGUCAUUGA